UUUAUUAAUUUGCAGUGGAAUUCUUGAGAGGCACUUAGUAAGCAUUUGUUGAACUGGAAAUGUUAUACAUGAUUCUUGUUGUUAGAAUAUAAUCAGGUUGGCCCUUCCAUAUUGUAGAUAGAAAUGAGACUUACUGGUCUGAUGUGUAUGUAAGGAUUUGGGGGUAGGGUUGAGUGUUAUCAGAGCUUGUGGAACAGUUUUUGGGAUGGGGAGCAGAGGCUUUGGGUUGGGGAUAGUAUGAGAAGAUAAAUAAUUGAAGUUGGUUAAGUUGAUAGAGAGACCACUAGAUAUAUUACAGAUGAUCUUUUUGUGUUUUUCCAAAUAAUUUACCGUACAGCCUAAACAAUAUAUGUAUUGAUAAAAGCACAUCUUUAUGUUAGCAAGCAUAUACUGUUAAAUAGCUGUAAACAUUUAGAGGGGAAAUAGACAUAAACAUCACCUAGGGUUUUAGGUUAUUAAAAAGGUUUAGACAACAAAGACUGCUUCAGAAGAUGACAGGCCCCAGUGGGCAAAUUAACAAAUGGUUGUAAACAUGAAUGUUCAAGAACUGAUGUCUCUCUAAAUAAAAGUUUUUAUUAGUUGUAAUCAAUCCUGUAGAACAGAAAAUUUUUUCUGUUUAUUGUGGUCACCUGUUUGCACACUAAUAUUCUUUUAUGUGCAAUAUAUGUAAUAAAUAGAUUCAGAUUAUUGGUAAUCAGUCACUCCAGUUUACUUCAGUGGCCUUCUUUCUCUUGUUUUAUAAACUUUUCUUGGACCAUUUCAUCUUCUGAGGGGGCUUCAUCUCUUUUCUGUAUGCUGUUAACUUCUAAAUCAGUGGUUCUCAACCUUCCUAAUGCUGCGAUGUAUUUUCAUUGUUACAAAGGGAUCGCGACCCAGAUUGAGAACCGCUGUAAAAUCCACAUCUCUAUUUCCAUCCUCUUACUUGAGCUCUGGACCUUCACCUCCAAGUGAAUAUCCUUAACUCUGGAUUGGCACCUCAAACUCUGCUUUUCUAAAGAGGAAUUAUCUUCUGAAACGUGUUUUGCCUUUGUUUUAAAUCACCUAUACCUUGUUCUCAUCAAGGCUUAUCUUUAACCUUGAAAAUGGCUUUAAUUCCCACUGCCGCUGUCUUAGUUGAGCCCCUCAUUCCUACGCACGAAUAAAGUAUUAAACAAUCAGUAAUUUCAAGUCAGUCAACCUCUUAAAACUCUUAACAAGUGGUGUGGCAUCCAGCUUGAAACUCCCAAGUGUUCAAGCUCCCAGUCAGGACAUCCAACAGCUCUUUACAUCCGAGUAUACCGACCAGACUCAAUUCGUACCCCGUCCCGAGUGCAAUGCCAACUUGAUUCUCCCAAGUUCCCUCCUGGGGCGUUAAAGCUUCGAGGUCCUCUCCACUGAGACCUCAGAUAAAUGUUUAAAUGGUGAUCUUUCUCGUGUGCUUCCAUUGUAAGCAACUUCUCAGCUGACGAGAAAAACUACCCCUUCUCUGCUGCCGGGAAGCGGUGACGUCAUGGCUAGAAGUAACCCGUUUUUCGGGCUUCGCGGACCUACGAGCCCCGAAGGCCGAGAAAGAACGAGUGGGAGGUGCGGGUCCAUCAGUCCUGGGGUUGAACCUUGCGCCCCGAGCCGGAACGGGCCCGCCAGUUGCCCUCCGGACGUAACCCUGAGUUGGGGAGACCCGCGAAGCCGGGAGACAAGCGAACUGGUGUGCUCGUGGGGUGCGUGGGGUGGGGGUGGGCGGCCAAACUUCCUGUCCCGCGCUCAAGCUGCUUCCGGCGGGAGCCGGAAGACGCUGUGUGUGGACGGAAUUCGGAACCGACUGGCGGACCGCCGGCUGCCCGGAACGGGAAGGUGAGCUGCUAGGUUAAAUUGAUUACCUACCCAGUACAGCAUCUUACAUGAAGAACACACUAUUUCCUAAAGGAAUAUGAGCAUAACAGGAAGGUGUUAUUGAUUCUGAAUUAAAUUUAAACCUGUCCCCUGAACAGCUACAGGAUUUGGAAACUGAAUCAAUGUUAUCAGAUGAGUUAGAAUCCAAACCAGAGCUCCUGGUACAGUUUGUUCAGAAUACAUCCAUCCCGUUGGGACAGGGGCUAGUAGAAUCAGAAGCAAAAGACAUUACUUGUUUGUCCCUCCUCCCGGUGACUGAAGCCUCAGAAUGCAGUCGGCUGAUGUUACCAGAUGAUGCUCCAAAUCACACUAACUCCUCCAAGGAGGUCCCUUCCUCAGCUGUUUUGAGAAGCCUUCAGGUAAAUGUGGGCCCAGACGGAGAGGAGACAAGGGCCCAGGCUGUCCAGAAGUCCACAGAGUUUUUGUCUACACCUGAGUCUUCUAGCUUGCUGCAAGAUCUACAGCCAAGUGAUAGCACUUCUUUUAUUCUUCUUAACUUAACAAGAGCAGGUCUGGGCUCUUCAGCCGAGCACUUAGUUUUUGUCCAGGAUGAGGCAGAAGAUUCAAGGAAUGAUUUCCUCUCUAGUGAAAGUACCGACAGUAGCAUUCCAUGGUUCCUCCGGGUUCAGGAGUUGGCUCAUGACAGUUUGAUUGCUGCUACUCGUGCACAGUUGGCAAAGAGUGCAAAAACCAGCAAUGGAGAAAAUGUCCACCUUGGUUCUGGUGAUGGGCCACCCAAAGAUUCUGGGCCCCUUCCUCAAGUGGAGAAAAAGCUCAAGUGUACCGUUGAAGGCUGUGACCGGACAUUUGUGUGGCCAGCUCACUUUAAGUACCACCUCAAAACUCAUCGAAAUGACCGCUCCUUCAUCUGCCCCGCAGAAGGUUGUGGGAAAAGCUUCUAUGUGCUGCAGAGGCUGAAGGUGCAUAUGAGGACUCACAAUGGGGAGAAGCCCUUUAUGUGCCCUGAGUCUAACUGCGGUAAGCAGUUCACUACAGCUGGAAACCUGAAGAACCACUUACGAGUUCACACAGGAGAGAAGCCUUUCCUUUGUGAAGCCCAAGGAUGUGGCCGUUCCUUUGCUGAGUAUUCCAGCCUUCGAAAACAUCUGGUGGUUCACUCAGGAGAGAAGCCUCAUCAGUGCCAAGUGUGUGGGAAGACCUUCUCUCAGAGUGGGAGCAGGAAUGUCCACAUGAGAAAGCAUCACUUGCAGCUGGGAGCAGCUGGGAGUCAAGAGCAGGAACAAACUGCUGAGCCACUAAUGGGCAGUAGUUUGCUUGAAGAGGCUUCAGGACCCAGUAAAAACCUGGUGUCUAUGAAUUCCCAGCCCAGCCUUGAUGGAGAGUCCUUGAACCUACCAAAUACCAAUUCUCUCCUGGGAGUUGAUGAUGAGGUACUUGCUGAAGGUUCCCCACGUCCCUUGUCUUCAGUGCCUGAUGUGACACAUCACUUGGUGACCAUGCAGUCAGGGAGGCAGUCAUAUGAAGUUUCUGUUUUAACUGCAGUAAAUCCACAGGAGUUACUAAACCAAGGAGAUUUAACUGAAAGACGGACAUGAGCUGGGUGCUGACUCCUGGAAGAGAGUCAAAUCUAUCUGAUUUGAGAGUGCAUAUAGUGGGAACAGGAUGCUAUAGCUCAUGAUCUGCCAGAACCAAAAUGAAUCUGUGAAGGACACAACUCCAUUUUUGCCUCUGUUUUCCCUGGCAUAGAAGACGGAUGUAGGAGAGCUUCUCUUCUAACUACCAUCCGAUCCAGAAAAGGAAUGAAGCAGUGACCGUGGGCUGGGUAACUGUACCUACCUCUCUUCCCACUGCAAAAUUUUGGGAUGAAUUCCCCCAAGUGAAUUUGAUUAGUGUAUUGACUGAAGUUUCUCAUUAUGACUGCUGACAGGAGGUUUUCUUUUGAAGAGUUUUCAUCCCAGACUCAGCUGUCUUUUCACACGGAUGAACUAAGUCCUGCACCAACCACAAAACUUCACCGGGAAGUUGAGCUUUCAAGAUGCCUUGUUGCUUUGAAGAAGGGAGUGAUGUCAGUUCUGAUGUGACAUUCUCUCUUUAGCAACCUGAGUAAGAGACUUUCUGCCACUGGGCUGCAAAAAAUAAAUUACUUGAAUCUCUCCUUGACCGAGGCUGAGGUACUAUCUUGUCCUGUACACCUCUACUUGGUUACUUUCCUUCCUUCGUUAAUGGAACAUACAGUAGCAUGUUAAGAGGGGAUUUUUUUUGUGUUUGUUUUUUUAAAGUUAAAAAUCACAUGAUUCAGAGCUUCACUGUUCCCUUUAAAUAAAAAAAAACAGCCCAGUCA